AAAACCCGACACCCGACACCCGACACCCAACACCCGACACGGGACUCGGGACCGCGGCAUAGGGAUAGGGCUGCCCGGGCGGCCACGGCCACCCUUGUCACACUGGACAUGCCCUGUUGGCUCUGAUGGCGAUGGCCCAACCACAUUACCACACCCGCCUCACUCGUGAUCUGGAAUCUUCCCCCAAGCCCAGCAAACACCAGGCGUUAUCCCAUGUGUCUCGUCGCAGCACAAUUCCACAACUUUGGGAACAUCCGUGGCUGGUCCGACCAAAACCCCGCGAGUUGGCUCUCUGCCCGCCCACAUUAGCAUUGGGGGAGCACAGGCACGAAACCCGAGGGACCAUGCAUGUCACGGCUAACUCUCUUUUCCUUUUCGGCCCAAAGUGCCUACGCCCUCAUUAUGGCCAUUCAUGUAUUUGCUGAACGGCGGCUGCUAUCCCAGGCAAAGGGGGCAAAGACCCACGCGCCGCUGAUGUCGUCUGUCUACAACACUAUAAAAGCCGAUAAACUCACACAGACAUCGGCCCAAUUCCCCGCAAGUGUAGCGUCCAUUGGGCGAGCACAUGCAAUUUAAUAUGUAAAUGCUGGUGGUUGCUGGCGGGCUGCCACACCAGACUUGGCACGUUAGGUAGGUAGGUACUUACAGGUGAGUUUGAACCUUCUUUUUCUGCUCGAGCGGCUUUUGGGUCCCUCUGCGUCUGAAACCUAGGCGAGGGGUCCUUUGUGGAACCGAAGUUGUGGUUCCAUCCAUAUUAAUUCAGUUGAAGCUACCGAACCUUAUUC